AAUAUAGCGUUAGCAAAGAUGUCGAAAUUGAGAGAGUUCACCGCACUGGUGAAAUAAAAAAACGGUGGACGACCAAGGACUAUAAUACUAAAUCUUCAGAAAUAUGAAGACAAAGUAAGAAUAUUGAAGGAAUCGUAUUGACUCAAAGACACAAAUACACAUAAUAUGAAUUUAAAUUUACUUUAACGUUUUAAAUCUUUGCUUUUUCGUGAAAUAAAACUAAAAAAAGAAAAAGAAAACUUAGAAUUGAGGCAGUGAGCAAUGAAAAAAAUAGUUGGUUUGCUGUUUACUUUAGUAUUAAUGUACUAUUUUAUCAUUAAUAAAGUAAGUUAUCUAAGAGCGAUUAAAUUUUAUAUAUACCCACGGUGUGCUAUUCAACGAAGAAAUAAUACAAUGCUUUACAGUUUAAUUACUUCAAAUCUUACCAGGAAGUAUUCUUAUUUAAAAAAACCAUGUUGGAAAAAUGUUUUUGCUCUUAAUAAAAACAACGUUACAGUUUCUUCGCCGCAUAAUGUACUCUGUUUAUUUAAACCUGUGAAGAUAAAAACUAAAAAACAAUACAAAAAACAGAUUGUAGUUUUAGGCAUCGGUGUUCAUUUGGGACCAGCAGCCGACAAUAAAGAGGUUUUACCAAAAGCAGGUUUUAAGUUUAUUAGUUGGGAAUCCAGAGAUAAGCAAUAUUAUGGACUACAGAAAAAGCUAAUUCAUGGUUAUUCUAAAGAACAUUUGAAAUUAACGCAAGAAACGUUUUGGAAUGCUUACAAAGAUGAUCCUGAACUAAAAGAAGCUGAUAUUAUUGUGUGUGGAUUUGAUGUAUGGCAUUGCUUAAUAUUUGCUCCAUUUAAUAAAAAAAUUGUAAUAAAUAGUAAUUACAGGUUUGAUGGACACAUAGCAACAUCAUACGAAGAUAUGAUUGAGUUACAAAAAGAAUUGUAUGAUGCUGUACGAUAUAAUCCUGAUGUCAUUAUGGCUGGUGGUAUUCUUUAUGAUGUAAUGUAUCAACAGCAUUAUCUUGGUUCACAUAAAAUAAUACCAUUACCUGCAUCAUGUGAAUAUGUUCAAAGUCGAAUAAAACAAGAACUCCAAGAAGAAGAAAACUGUAUAAGUGAAUGUGAAAAAACUAAUAACAAAACGUUAGUUAUAAUAUUUCCACAUCGUUUGUCAAAUGGUGGGGAAAAGAUUGCUAAUGAAAUUAUAAAAGAAGCAAGAAAAAAAGAAAGAACUUUUGAAAUAAAACAUUUUAACGAAUGUUUUCCAAAAGGAUAUAAUUAUUGUCAACUGGAUCAAUUUGAUGUUGCAAUAAUGUUAGGAUAUUCUGUGAUGUCAUAUUUCAAUUGUGAAGUAGUUAAUACAGGUAUUCCAAUGCUUGUACCAACACCGAAGUUAUAUGCUAACUACGAAAAACUGCACCAUCUUGUCGAAGAACGAAAACAAAGGUUAGACUAUACCUCUUAUGAUGCCAUGAAGCAGAGCAGCAGAUCUUUAAAUUACGGGUACAAUCCUAAUGACGAUUUUGAUGAGAGAGCCCUUCAACGUUGGCUCAGUUAUUCAGACUACUAUUAUUACGGUGGGGUUGAACUCUUCAAUAAUUAUGACAAUUUGUUCAACAAACUUUCUACUAUAAACCUCUUAAACUUAAAUCUAAAAGCUUAUGUACAUCGUAUCGAGAACGCUAAAAUUGGUGUUGAACAUUGGCAAGCCAUUGGAAGGUACUUUUUUGGUGAAGCUGAUUUUCCUCAUGAAAAAACGGUUAUACCAAAUACAUUGAAAGAAGGUUUAGAAAUGUGGAAAAAAGCUGUUAGUAGACCUAAUUUUACGUCAACUGGUGGAAAAUAUUUUGACGGCCUUCCCAUUGUUACUGUUAUGCUUGAUGAUUUAAAUGGAAUUAUACCAGAGUGUUCAAAGUUUAAACAUGUUAAAAUUUUGUUGUUAGCAAAUAGAACUGAAAUAGUUAAUGAAUGUCAUUUGUUAAACUAUGAAACCCUUUUAGAGAAGUUAGAAUUAAAAAUAAUUUUUGGUAAAAGUUUAACAAGUUUAAUAAAAUGGCACAGAGUCGCAGUGGUUAUGUAUGCAGUUUCUCAACAAGCAAGUAAAAUAACUAUUUUUUCUAGGUUAGGAAGUGAUUCUAGAGAAUGUUAUAUUUCAAAUGAGUUUGAGUUCCUUAAAUUCGCUAAAUCAUGGACAAUGUCAGUUUAUGAUUCGACUCAAUAUUGGUAUAUUUUUGCACCAGAAAAUAAUCAAGUAUUUAAAUAUUGGCUCAAAACUCUGUCCUCAUUUACUAGUGAGCUUGAUAAAACAUCGCUAACAAAAUGCCGACAUUUAUUUCAAAAUAAUAAAAGUAUUUUUUCCAAAGAAGAAAUUAAAUACCUGAGUUCAUAUUUGCAAUAUUGGAAUAGCGAUGAAACUGAAAGUUUUUUUCAUGUUAUUGAUCAGUUAAACUUUGAGCUUGCAGUUCGUGGCUAUCUUUCGAAACUACAUGCCAAACUCCAUCGGUGGCUAUUGCACAACCUUGUGCAAUUGGGUUAUUAUCAACUGCCGUUGAUAAUUAAGUCAAUUAAAAAUUAGCUUUUAUUUCUAUAUAUUUUGAAAAUAUUUUAAAUUAUUUUAUCUAUGAAUGAAAGAUUUGGUUACAAAGCGUUAUGAAUGUCUGCAAUACUAGUAUUCUAAUUAAUAACUAAUAAUUAAUAUUCACGUUUUGAAUUUAAACUACUUAAAUACAUGUUUCUGUCCUGCGUAAAUCGAAAGAAAAAAAAAGAAUAAAAUAGAAGACUCAUUAAAAAAAACUCAAAUUUUUCGGAUGGACAAACUUUCUCAAAAUGUUUUAAUAACGGCAUUAUAUAUUUUGAGUCAGUAAAUCUGGCAACAACAAAAAAAUUGUGUUGGCUUUAUUGAAAUCUUUACUAAAUAUCGCUAAACUUUGUUUAACCAUAGUCGUAUUAUACAUCUUAUAUUAUGACUAUGGGUUAACCAACUGUGGUUGUUUUU